UUAAUCUUUAAAGUAAACUAAAACGUGAAACGUCACUCGGACGUCACACACGUGAACAUUCAAGUGCAGCAUCUUCACUUGGUUUUCCUUCUCAGUUUUCGCUGUUUACAGCUAAAGUAGCAAACAGAGAAGUUCGUCGAGCGGUCGAAUGGCGAGAAAUACCUCAUGUUCAACCUUUAGAAAAAUUGACAUCGACCAAUAUAAUGAAGACACAUACAAAGAAGAUGAAAACACUGAAUCUGAUUCUCCUCCAGUUAACAUUGAUGAAGAAUUAAGUUUUCUUCUUGCACAAGGGAGACAUGCUGAGGCUUUAACCAAAGUGCUUCGGAUGGCUCCAUUAGGAUCUAAAGAUAGUGUUGUCAGGGAUGCUGCUUUAACUAGAGUCCUGCAAGUAUUGCUGUCUGUCAGAACAAGUGAUAUUGAAGCAAUAGUUAGCAUUCUGGAUCCAUCAUUAAUGGAUACUCUUAUGAAAUAUAUUUAUAGAGGUUUUGAAUAUCCUAUUGAAGGAAGCAGUGGCUUACUAUUAGCUUGGCAUGAAAAGGUUUUUGCCAUUGGAGGAGUAGGCUGCAUAAUGAGAGUCCUCACCGAUAGGAAGAGAGUUUGACGACAAGAAAAAUUUCUUGUAAGCAGUCCUACAGCAUUUGCUGAAUAUUUGCCAUUGGACUGAUUACGAUUUUGAAUAACACGGACUGCAAUAAAUUUUAUUUCGGCCUUUGUAUAUCAAAAUUUCUAAAAUUAUAAUUUCAGAAACACCUCAUUAAACAAUUCUUGUCAUUUGUAUACAAGAAAAAUAUUACAGUUGAAAAUCAAUCUAAAAUUUAAUAUUAUAAAAAUUUUUCUAAUUGAAAAAUUAUUUUUGUUUAUACAGUAUUGUAGAGAAGCAGUGAUGCAAUGUGUACAUAACUUAAAGCAAGAAUGAAAACAAAGUGUAGCUAUUCUUGCUGAUUUAUGUCCUGUCAGUCAAUUUUUCAAAGAAUAAUAUCCUUGUAAAUGGUAUUAUUUUUGCUAUAGUAGAACUAAAAAUUCAAAUACUUUUUUAAUUUUUGGUCUUUAUAUUGCUUAGAAUUUUUUCAUAAGUUAAUGUAUAGUAACAUAAAUAAAAUUUAUAGAAAUUUAUGCUUUUCAAAGUAGAAAGUUGCUUAAAAUUAUUUUCAAAAUUGAUUUUAAGCAAUUUUUAUAUCAGAAAUUCAUAAAUUUGGUAAUUUGGAGUAAAUAUAGUAAAAUGUAAAUUAUUCUUUUUAAUAUACAAAAUCACAUCUGUUAACAUGAACUAAUUAUAACAAUUUUAUAAAUAAUUUAAUUGAUAGACAGGACAGUUUAUGUUAAAUAUGACUAGAAAAUACUGUGAAAAAAUGAUAUUUUGCAAAUCACAUUGUUGAAAGUUAAAAAUAUUUUAACUUUUAUGCAGAUACAUAAAGAUUAUAUUUGCAGAUGUUUAAAUUAUUUAACAAGUUUUUAAUGUUUGCUUCACCAUUCUGAGUAGAAAUGCAAUAGUAUGACAAUCAGCAGUAUUAUAGCAUAAUGUUUAGGUGGUUGGUCCAAAGUAUUGAGACUAGCAGUACUUGCUAAGUUAAAAGUACAAUAUUAAGUAUUGACGAAACAUUUUAGAGGGAUUGUUGCAAUAAAAAUAACGUGUUUGUUUGAGAAAAGUAUAUUUCAUCUAUCAUUAUUACAUCACAUUGAUAGUUAAUUGUUAGCUUAUAUAUCAUCACACUCUGUUUCGGAGACACUAAUGUUAUAUUUGAAACAAAGGCGUCCCUCCAAAUUUAUCUUGUUGAUGACAUAUUGAUCCUCUAGAUAUUAGUGAAUAACAACUGAAUGAAAUCAAAAGACGGAAAUUAUUUUAUACAUUUAAUUUUUUGUAAGUUUUGUUGGCAAAUUUUUCAGAGAAUCUUAUUUUGUGUGCAAUUUUUUUCUAAUUGAUAUAAUCUUAUUGUGGAAGUUAGUAUAGAAUGAUUCAUUCUUGAUCGUGAAUUAUAUUAUAUUUAAAUUUGUUUUAUAAGUAAUUUAAUUAUAUGGAAUGCUUUGAUUUGGUAUUUUUAGUUGUUUCAGCUCUAUUUAUUAAUUUUUUAUCAUCAGUCUCAUAUUUAUUUAUUAAACAUAAUUUUCAUGCCUAUUUUUUGUGUUAUUGUGUAGAGAGUAUGUUACUCAGGUCCACUAAGCUGGUCACAAUUUAUAGGUGUAACUUACAUACCUUAAUUGUUGUAUGUAAAAAAAAGUGUUAAAAUCUGUGUUUAAAACCUAAUUUUUUAAUGGUAUCACAUAAAUUUAUGAUUCAGUGAACAGUCUCAUUAUUCAAUCGUUAAUGGCUUGUUUCAUUUGUAUAGCAUUUAUUGGCAUUCUUUCAAUUGAAGUAACAAAAUGACUUUGCUUAAAAAAUGGACUUUCAGCACCAAGUUCUGUGAGUUAUGUAGCAAUGAUAUACAAUUACAAAUAAACUUUAAAUCUUGAAUUUGAAAGAAAUUGUUAAAUUUUGUAUUUGAUUUUAAUUUAAAAAUAAAUGAAACAAGCUACCAGUACUAUUUAUAAUUAAUAUGAAUAAUUAACUGCUUAAUAUUUUGUUUUAUGGCAAUGAAAGUCUUUCAGACCAGCCUAAAUAAAAUGGCAGCUAUUAAAAAAUAUAUAUAUUUAAAAAUAACAUUGCUCAUGGAUCCUGUAGUUUUAACUAGUCAUAUUUAUUGUAAAUAAGUCAAAACUAUAACAAUUAUAAAAUCAGAAUAACUCUAGUCUCUAGUUUAUUCUGCAGUGUAUUGCAAUUGGAAAAAUAAGUUUGUUACUUCACUUGGAGUAAAAUAUCAUUUGUUAAUGAACUGGAAAUUCACAUUUACAUAAAAAAAAAAAAAAUUGAAUAUUGGAAAUAAAAAAAGAAAUUACAUUUUAUGAGCUUGUU